AUGCCUGUUACUACUCGUGCAGCAGCAUUAAGAUCGCACACUAAUGCAGAUUUAAUUCAUUCACAAGAUCAAGCAACACCAACUUCAACAUCAACUGGCAAAACAACUCAUAAAUGUUCAUCAAAGCAGAAACGUAAACAAGCUCAAGUACAACAGAUUAUAUCUUGUGCUGAAUCUCAAAUAUGUCCUCCACUUCAAUCACAGUCAACAACUUUAGAUGCUGUACUUACACUCGAAGGCAUUCAUGAACAACCUCAUGAAGAUGUGAUAUUAAAAAAAGACGAUGCAACAGGUGAACCAACAUCUUCAACGCCAAUAACGGGUUCAGUUUCUCCAACAACAUCAUCACCAACAAAGAAUGAUGAUAAUGAUUCUAUCAUAUCAUUAGAAUCAUCAAACAAAGAUGAAAAUGAAAUAUUCGCAGGAGAUUCAAAACAUCUUAUGAAUGUACCAGUCAUCAAAGGAGAAGUAACAACGGGUACAUCAACACGAGAAUCUGGUCUACAUAAAUUAAGAAGAAAAUCAUUAUCACCAAUACCACAGAAUCAAAAGUUUCUCCUACCACCAGCUUAUCAAGAAACCUACUCGCAUCAAAAAUUUCUUAUAUAUGAUAAGCGAAAAACUAUUUAUGGAGGUCGUCUGAUGAUAUUUGCUUCUGAUGAACAGCUAAAUGUCUUAUAUGGUUCAGAUGUAUUAUUUGCUGACGGCACAUUUAAGUUACCUGAUACAAGUAUAACUGGAUGCUGGUUCCACAUGUGUCAAGCUUGCUAUCGAAAUAUUCUAGAAAUUGCCUUGAUGAAAUUAUAUGAAAGCGAUCCAGAAUUACGUCAUUUAUUACGUACAUUUAUGGGAUUGGCUCUUGUACCUAUUGAACAUAUUCCAGAUGGAUUUCAACUAUUGAAAAAAAAACUUCGAGCAUCUUCUGAAGCAGCGAAAUUGAGAGCAUUUUUAGAUUAUUUCGAAAAACAAUGGUUUAAUAAUUUUAAACCAGAAAUGUUGUCAGUAUCUGACAGCCAUUGGUGA